GCGCAUGCGCUUUCUGCCUGGGAAAGAUUACCAAAGCUGCAGCCACCGCUAUGGGUACAAAGCUGUUGUAGGAGACAGAAAAACAGAGCGUUUGUUUAAAAAAGAAAAACAAGGAAGGGAAAAAGUUCAAUUUUAAGUUACUGAAAUUGCACACAAACAAAGCGAGCGAAACACAUCAGGUAUUUAGGGAUCUGUUCCUGCUGGAAGAGUGAAAGAAAGGACGAUGGCUUCUGCUGGGAUGACCGUAGAGCGUGCGGUUAUUACCUAAUCGAAAACUGCCUUCUCGUCGCAGUCUUCCGGUCACCACUACACCACCUUCGCAUGCAGUUAACAUGCGGUGAUGUCCUGGGUGAUAGCAUGAGACACACACCUUCUUCAGCAUCUUCAGUCACGUGGUGAAGCGUAACAGUUUGUCGGCGGUUCUGCCUGGGGGUUCAGCUGGUGAUGUCACGGGUCUCCACCCCCCCUCCUCCAGGGGAGAUGUCCUGUGGACCUGUGGCUGAAAGCUGGUGCUACACACAGGUUAAGGUAGUCAAGUUUUCUUACAUGUGGACCAUAAACAACUUCAGUUUUAGCCGGGAGGAAAUGGGGGAGGUGCUGAAGAGCUCCACGUUCUCAUCGGGCCCCAACGACAAGAUGAAAUGGUGUUUGCGAGUUAACCCAAAGGGACUUGAUGAUGAAAGCAAGGAUUACCUGUCCUUGUAUUUAUUGCUUGUUAGUUGUCCAAAAAGUGAAGUUAGAGCAAAGUUCAAAUUUUCUUUAUUGAACGCAAAAAGAGAAGAAACUAAAGCAAUGGAAAGCCAAAGAGCUUAUCGAUUUGUCCAGGGGAAGGAUUGGGGGUUCAAGAAGUUUAUUAGAAGAGACUUUCUGCUUGAUGAAGCGAACGGCCUCCUUCCGGAUGACAAGCUGACGCUGUUCUGUGAGGUGAGUGUGGUCCAGGACUCAGUCAACAUCUCCGGCCAGUCCAACAUGAACGUGCUGAGGGUCCCAGAAUGCCAGCUGUCGGAUGACCUCGGCAACCUGUGGGAGUGCUCGCGCUUUACCGACUGCAGCCUCUACGUGGGAGGGCAGGAGUUCAAAGCACAUAAGUCUAUAUUAGCAGCGAGAUCGCCAGUCUUUAAUGCGAUGUUUGAGCAUGAGAUGGAGGAGAGUAAAAAGAACCGAGUUGACAUCAGUGAUGUUGACCCGGACGUCUUCAAGGAGAUGAUGGGCUUCAUUUACACCGGAAAGGCGCCGAACCUGGAGAAGAUGGCCGAUAACUUGUUAGCUGCAGCGGACAAAUACGCCUUGGAGCGGCUGAAGGUCAUGUGUGAAGAAGCCCUGUGCAGCAGCCUGUCCGUGGAGAACGUGGCUGACAUCCUCAUCCUCGCCGAUCUGCACAGCGCUGAGCAGCUCAAAGCACAAGCCAUAGAUUUUAUCAACAGGUGCAGCGUUUUGCGACAAUUGGGCUGUAAAGAUGGAAAAAACUGGAAUAGCAAUCAAGCGACUGACAUAAUGGAGACUGCAGGCUGGAAAUCAAUGAUCCAAUCCCACCCUCACUUAGUGGCAGAGGCCUUUCGUGCCCUGGCAUCUGCCCAGUGCCCGCCCUUUGGCCUGCCCAGGAAACGCCUAAAACAGUCCUGAUUGGUCCACUUUCCUGAGAGACUCUUACUGGAACGAAUCAUAAUGGAUUGUGAUGUUGGGGGCAUCAACCCCCCCCCCCCUCCCCUUACCCCCACCACCAGCACCACCAAAAAUGGGCGGAGCUUGUUUGUUUCAUGUCCAACCCAAUUGUUUGCUCUUCAGGGGCCGGGAAAUGCAUAACACUGGUUUCUUCGGAUUUUGGAAGAGUACCCCCCCCCCCCCCCCAACCAUCUUCUUUGUUUGGUCCGCAAGCUUUAUUUUGCAAUGUUUUCUGUAAAAUGGCCUUAAUCUAAUGCCAUUGCUCAAGAGUUUAUAUUGUUAUCUGUAUUUAACUGUGUGCCUGCCUUGGCAAAGAUUCCAGGCCUCCUCCAGAUUGCACUAGUUCCCAUAAUGCUGUAGUUUUAAUAUGAAGUUCUAUAGGAACCUGUCAUUGAAUAUUUAAUUAAUGGGAAAUAUUGUAUAUCAUUUGUUUAGCAUAUUCUGUGACUAGACAUUAUGAAAUUGUGACACAUUUUCUUCUAUUUACUACUUUCAAAUAUAUGCCCCAUAUUGAUGGCACCGUUCAUGUAUGGAAAAAAAACACGUUUACCAUUUUCAAAAGGCAGGAGAUGAAGUAGAUUAAAUGGGGAAAAAAUACUUGUAAAAUGCAUUAUGAGAAUUUAUGUGAUGUUGGAUUUAACAUGAUGAACUUUUGUAUAUUGUACACCUCAGUAUCAAGGGUAAACAUGCAGGUUUGUUUACUGUGAGGUUUGAUUUCCAAGGUGAUGUCACACGUAUGACCCCCCCCCCCCCCCCCCCCGCCCGCCCGCGAACCCCUUCAGGUUAACGGAGUUGUUCAGUAGUCAUGUCAGGUUGACUUCUCCAUUCCUUAAGUGGCACGGUUUUCUGGAAUUUUUAUGAACUGCUGUGCCGUUGCCAUGAAUGAGAAAGGGGGAGCGAUCAGUCUGAAGGAACAAUCAGUAUACCUGUCCAGCCCCCACCCCAACUUACAUGAAUAUCCAUGUAGGGAUGGAAAAAAUAAUAGUGAAAUGGUCAUUUAAUCCGUGUUUGAAGAGGGAAAAAAAAAGCACAAUGUUCUUGGAAGACGGGGAAACAGGGUGCUGAGCAUCGCUGUCCCAUAGCGUCAGCGUACGUCUUCGAAGGCCAGAAUCUUAAAUCCGCGAAGGAGAAUCAUUGGCUGCUUUAAUUUGCAGUAUAAUGGCAUCUGGCGUAACUGCUGUAAUCGAGUGGUGGCAACCCGAGCGUUCAUUCAGUCGUCCUGCUUUUUGAUGGUGUUUUUUAAUGUCACUAAAAGUGUCAGUGUUUGUUACAAGUUUUUUUUUUUUUUUUUUUUUUUUUUUGUAUCCCUCCUCCCCCCUCAGCUGGUUUGUUUUUUUUUUUUGUAAUCAACUUGUUUCAGCGUUUUCUGUGCUGAGACUUUUUGUCCUCUGGGGUAACUUACUCCAGUAAUGUUAUAAAACAAAAAAAAAAAAAAAAAAAGAGACAAACCCGGUUUGUUGGCUCCUUUGCUCCAGUUUUUUCUUGCCUAUCCCCCCCCCCAACCCCCACCCUUCCAUUUCUGUAUCUCCUCAAUCCUGUGCUCCUCUUCUAUGUACAAUUUCUCAGCCAGACCUGUACCAAAGCAAAUGUACCUCCCAGAGAUGAGCUGCUGCUGCUGUACUUUAGUAGAUUACCAUCCACAAUAUAUAUUUGUGUCUUACACGGUGCAUGUAUCGACGUGCAUUGCACAAGUCCUUAGAAUUAAAGGGAGGUCGCAGUGAAUUUCGUUUCCUAGCUAGAAACGCAAACUAUUUUUGAACUGGGCAUUAAGGUCUUUUGUUUCACAUACACAAGCUUUGAUAUCCUAUUUAUGAACGAGAGCCACACCUGUCCGUCUUUCUUCAGUGUUCCUGGCAGUCUGAUCCCCUUGCUGUUACCUUCCACCUUCCUGCUUUGAUUGUUCCAGUUAUGUCACAUUUCACAUUUACCUUUUUUUUUUUUGCAAAUUCUUUGAUCUAAUUGGAGAGGCUGAAAAUGAGUGACACGUAUCUUCAAUUGAACCAGUGUUAGCCCAUAUUUUUUUCUCAUUUUUACAUUUUUAACAUUCUCUGUACUUUGUCAUUUUCACCGAGUUGUUGUUCUAAUCAUGCAAAGAAAACAAAUCGAAACAAACUGAGUCACUGUGCUAUGAUCAGUUGACGCACGGUAUAUUCUGAUGGAUAUAGUAUAUUGACUUUGUCCAGUUAAUCAGUUAAUUUGUUGUCUGCAAAUGUACCAUGCAAGUCAUAUGUCUGCUGAACAAAUCCUUAAAGUGUGUUACUGAUCAAAUCUCUGUCUUUAUUUUCAGUUCUGUUUGAGUUCAUAUUCGUUCACAUAAUGGAUAUCAUUCAUUACACUCAGAAAAACUAGAGCUGGUGUUUGCUGUGUACUGCAUGUUAACUGCUGAGUGAAAUGUUUGUUCCUGUCACAUGGGAAUCAUGAAAAACACACACACACUCGCAAAAGAUCGGAUUUUUCCAGGACAAAUAUCCAUGAACACUCCGACCAAAGAGGCUGCGUUUGGUGUUGAGGCCAUAUAAUGUUUGUGUCCAAGUGAGUCCCUCAAAAAGCGCUGAUUUCCACAUUGUAAGGGGGUUCCAUUGACCCCAAUGGAGUGCCAAUUCAAAUGUAACUACAAAGGGCAGGGAUGUAAUCUCUUGUUGACUAGACCCAUUUCACUGGUCUGUAAUGCACAAUUGCUGUGUAAUAUUUGCUUUACUUUGUCGAUGCCCUUGCUGCCUUCCUAGAUUCAUGUUGGUAGUUCUGAACUACAUAGAGCACAUUAACAUUCAUCUCUGCCCAUUUUUAUACCCCAGUGACGUCCUUAAGGUUUUUGCUCACUCUUCAUAGCAAAAAACUUUGCUUUUGGGAAUAUUGUAAAUACAGAAGUUUUAUUUGAGCAGCCAGCGAUGAGGUAUGUUGAUGAGGUGAACAUAUUGAAAUAUUUACCACUAGUGAAUCAGCAGAUGCUGAAAAAAAAUGCUGUGACUUUUUUUUCUUUAGGUAGCCUAAACUAACUGAAGACUGUUUUCAGCGUCACUCUAAAAAAAAAAAUAAGGAAAACAUUGAUGCCUUCCUGUUUUUGACAGUUUAUACUUAACAUUUAAUUGCUCUUCCUCCCCUCAUGUCCUGAAGUAAAGCGAUUGUGGCGUUUCUGUGUAGCCUUCAUUGAAUCUCCGUGUGUGUUCAGAUACAGCUCUAACUCCGAAUGUGUGACCAAAAAUACAGAAGCCGUUAAAAUAUAGUUUUAUACGCCUAGUGGUAGCAGUUGGGUCAUGGUGUUUUUUGGCGUUUAUGGUUGCCAUGAUUUUGGUGGGAGUGUCUUGGGCUAUCCAUUAAAAGUCACUUUUCGCUUACUGUUUGGUUAAACAGCACGCGACACGAUACCAUCCACUGGUUUUGAAGACUUGCCUUUUUGAUCAUCAGCUAGUGGUGCGUGGCUGGUUUGAGCCUAAGGGAUGCUUAUAGAAUGAAGGUUGUUUCCCAGGCAACUGAUGUAUCUGGACUGACACCUUUACCUGUUUGUUUGUUCAAUUCGCACGAUGUCGGUUAUUUUAAAUCUUGGUUUCAUCCACUUUAUUGUGUGCCCAAAAAUACCCUAGACUGAUUUUGAGUGUUUGUGUACAUGGAAGAACGUGUUCUUGGCCCAUUCAGUCAUCUGUAACAAUUCAGAAAAUAAAUGUAAUAAACAUUUUUUAUUGCA